AUGCACAAGAAUAAAGUACCGUCAUCGACAAGUACACAUAGUAUUUACUUAGUUAUAGUAUUAUCAACUGUUUUUGUACUUAUCUAUUGGCUUUUGCGAUCUGAUUCAUUCCCUGAACAAGCCCUUGCUGAUACACUUCGUCUUCCACAAUCAUCUUUAUUUACUUAUCUCAAUAUUUCUUCCCAACUAUAUUACAAUGAAAGUCAAGGUAUACUCUAUGUACCACCUCGUGAUCAACCGUCUCAUUUUGUUUCAAUAAAAAGCAAUGCUGUGCGAGGCAAUCAUCGACAUAAAGAUGCUGAAAAUAGUCUCACAGGCGAAGUAAUUAUCCUACUUCAAGGUCAAUUUCUAUUUCGUGUUGGCGAUGGUGAUACAAACCUAUAUGAAGACUAUCAAUAUGAUAUAUCUAAAAUGGGUAUUGUUGCUCUUAAAUUUACAGCUGACAAAUGUCAUGCAUUAAAAAAUAUUGGAAAACAAACAAAUUGGUUUGCUAGUUAUUAUAUUAAAUCGAAAGAUAUCAUCACAAUAGUACCUGCUGAUAAACAAGGCUGUAGAAAAAUAAUGUUAACUUAA